CUCCUCUCUGAUACAUCCAAUGAAUGAAUGAUGACUUUCAAAUAUAUCUUCAAUGCUUUCAGAUGUUGAAUAUGGAAUGGGAGCAAUGUCUUCAAUACAUUUGUGGGAAAUGUUGGCAGCAUAUCUGUGAGUUCCAUCAAUUCCAGCAGCUAGUUAUAGAGGCACAGAAGGGCCUACACCUGAAAGAAGUUGGGGAAGUUAUGAUCAAGUCUGAGGAAAAUUUAAAUCAGCAAGAAGUACAUCUGCAGUUGCAUAAUGCCCAGAAAAUUAGCGCUAGCACUGAAGAUUUGAUGAAACCUACGGAAGGAGAAAUGGAGUGGCAUAAUGCCCAGGAAUUUAGCUUUAGCACUGAAGAUUUGGUGAAACCUACAGCCCUUGCCUUUGAUAUAAAAACUGAAGAACCUUUGGAUCUCCAUAGUGAUUAUGAUGGGAUGUCGCCUGAGGCUAGCCAAGGCCAGUUUACGGAUGAAGAAAUGUCUCUGAUGUCCAGUAGAAACGAAAAUACAUCAUUGAUGAAUGACGAUGCAUCCAAUGAAGACUAUAGCUCAAGUGAUGAUCUGCCCUUGUCAGCUGUCAAUCUUUCCUCAUCAGUUAAAACGGUUCUUGAUGUCAACAAGUUUAUUGAGGAGUUCGAUGACAUAGUAGCUUUGUGGCGAUCCUCCUUAAAAUGUGAAAUUUGUCAUCAGCUGGUGGCCAGUUAUUCGCAGUUGAAAGAACAUUUUGGCAAAAACCAUGCUCCAGAAGGUUGUUACCUUAUGUGUUGCCAAUUGAGGUUGGAAACUCGUUACGAUAUUAACAGACACAUACGCUAUCAUAAUGCGCCGCAACACCUGAAAUGUGAGGCCUGUUGCAAGGCUUUCCGUGUACGAGCAUAUUUAAAACAUCACCAAAGGAGAGUCCACACCAGCAAGGCAAAAGAUACAAAUUCUAAAGAUACCAAGAAGUUGGAAGGGAAAUAUAGUUGCUGCAAUUGCAUGAAGACGUUUGCAACGCGAAAUCAAUUGACCCAACACAAACGUAUCCAUAAACCUAAGAAAUUUGAAUGUGACUUUUGUGAGAAACCCUUUGUGGGUCGCAUUGCAUUGCUUGAGCAUAUGGAUAGCCACACAGGCGAAAAGACACAUGCCUGCUCCUUUUGUUCCAAGGCAUUUACCAGGCGAUAUAAUUUAUGGGACCAUAUGAAAAAAUAUCAUCCUCAUGAAUGGAGUAAGGCCCAAAGAGAGACUCCGCAUGUGGCUAGCGACAUAGGCGAGAAGGCGCAUGCCUGCUCCCUUUGCCCCAAAUCAUAUACCUGCCGACCUAAUUUUCGAAGACAUAUGAGGACUUGUCAUCCACAGGAAUGGAAUGAGAUGAGGCCCCAAAGUGUAACUCCGAAAGAGAAAGGGUAUCGGCGAGAAACUCGAGGAGAGAGUAAUGUUUACGUUUGUACUCGUUGUUCCAAGGAGUAUGGAAAACAGUAUGCCAUAUACAAACAUGUCAGACGAUGUCAAGGCGACUAUAGACCAAUAGAGGCUAAAAAGGGUUAUCGGCGAGAAACUCGGGGAGGGCAUAAGGUAUAUGUUUGCAUUUUUUGUGACAAGGAGCAUGCAAAGUGGACACCCAUGCACUAUCAUCUCUAUAAAUUCCAUAGAGACGAAGAAUCUUUGGCGAAGCAGCCACCAAUAAUUACUGAACCUCCAGUGCCAGCUGAGCAGCAGCAACCGAUUCAUAGUCAAGGAACUCGAAUUAGUCAAGACUCACUGGACACCAGGAUUAUUGGGUCGAAGAAGACAACUGAUGUAACCAACAAAACACUAGAUCAGCUGGACAAAGAAAGAGAAAAAGAAGAAGAAGAUACAUUGAUGGCCUCUAAGAAGGAAAUACAAUUGGAAGAUGCAUAUGCUGCAAGCACUAAAGUGAAGACCGAACAAUUUUCAGCUGAUACAAAUGCCUUGGGAAAUGAGGAAAUCAAUGAAAAUGAUAUGCCACCAGAAUUUGGAGAUGCCAACGGGGAAAGUGAACAAUUCAUAAAAUCCGAAAAAGAAUUUAUUGAGCUAUAAGCAGAGAUUUAAAACCUUAAAAAAUAUUUACAUAUAUAACAGCGAAAAAUUGCUUAUCUUUGAUGCCGAAAAUCUUUACAAAUGACUUUUGUUCGCUUGAGACAUACAAACAUAUGUUUUCUCACUACGAAAUCAGCUGAUUUUGAUAUACCAAGGCAGGGAAAGCCAUAUAAACGGCUGCUUUGCCACUCUAUAAUCAGCUGACUUUUAAGUAUAAAUUUGUAGGCAGAUCUAUUAACCAGCUUUUUCUUAAACCCGGUUUUCGAACUAUACGAAAAAUGCAGUUUUUUUAAAAAACCGGUUUAAGUUAUUUCUUAAGAAACCGGUUAAACCAGUUAUUUUUUUUCUAUAAAAGUAAAGCCUUAUAAGAUUUUAUAAAUAAACCUUAGAUAAAGCUAAAAGUCGACCAGCGUAUGUUUUUCUCAGUGUUUGAGACUACAAUGAUUUACGACGGAGACAACACCUA